UUAUAUUAUGUUGUGCGUACUUAAUAAAAAAAUAUUUGCUUUUAACUAUUUCCGAGAAUGCGCGUCAUACAACUGUCAAAUAGGCCGUGGAUAAACUGCAUAAAGGUUUGGCGUCGCAACUUCAUAAUUUCGUAUAAAAUGUCAGCUAAUUCGACUGCUGGAAAAAGUGAUGGGGAUGACCCAUCGAUCCCGCCAAAUUCGGCAGAAUCUUUAGGUUCCAGAAUUCGCGACUUGGAUGUAGAUUCCAUUCGAAGAUAUUUAGCACAGAAGCUUGGUUUUUACGAGCCCUCUGAACCGUCGACAUCAGUUGAAAAAGUUUUGGAUGAAGUUAAUUUAGAUGGUAUCGUAAAAUGGAUGAAAAGUGCGAGAUGUCAAAAUGUUAUAACAUUGUCCGGCGCAGGCAUAUCUACUUCUGCGGGAAUUCCCGACUUCCGUAGUCCAGAAACAGGGCUGUACCAUAAUUUGCAGAAAUACAAUUUACCAGAACCACAGGCUAUAUUUGAAAUAAACUUUUUUAGACAGAAUCCGAAGCCGUUCUUUACAUUAGCAAAAGAAUUAUUUCCAGGAAGUUUCAAGCCUACAAUCUCACACUAUUUCAUUAGGCUCCUGCAUGAAAAAGGGCUACUGCUUCGCCAUUAUACCCAAAACAUAGACACAUUGGAGAGAGGGGCUGGAAUUCCUGGAGAGAAGCUAGUGGAAGCUCAUGGCACUUUCUACACCUCACACUGUAUCGAAUGCCGAAAAGAAUAUCCCCUUGACUUCAUAAAGGGGAUUAUAUUUGCUGAUCAAAUUCCUAUUUGCACGGAAUGCCCAGGAGUUGUUAAGCCAGAUAUUGUAUUCUUUGGUGAGAGCCUUCCGGAACGAUUUCAACAUUGCCUUCAGGAAGAUUUUCAGAAAUGUGACAUGCUCAUAAUCAUGGGGUCCUCGCUUGAAGUACAACCGUUUGCUUCUUUAAUUGAUAUGGUACCUGAAUGGUGUCCACGGUUACUGAUCAACCGUGAGAAGGCGGGUAUCCGUUCACCACUGUUGCGGUUGUGGGGCAUGAGCGGCGGGCUCCAACUGGAUGAAGACUCCAUAAGAGAUGUGGCUCGCCUUGGAGAAUGUGAUGAUGGAUGUCAGGAAUUGGCCGAUAGACUCGGAUGGGGGGACGAGUUACGGGAAUUGGUCGCAAGGGAACACGAGCUUCUUACACAAAAAGGAAGCCUACUGAACCCGCAUCCACCGAUAUUGGAACAUUCUGGACAAAAUGUUACAGCAGAAAAACUAUGAAGUACAUAACCCCUUAACAUGUAGACGCUGGAAAGGUAUUAUAAGUACUAAUAAAUACCUUUUCUGACAUAUUAUUAGUUAAAAUCCGCAAAUAAUAUUUAGAAUAACCGAGUACUUAGAAAUAAAAUGAUGGUAGUUAAAAGAUUCAAUUAACGCAAUACAGUUAGGUGUUAUGUUAAAUUUAUUAUAACAUUUGGAUGGAUUAAAUUGAACUUUAAUUUAAAAAAAAAUAAUGUACCUACAUAGUUUGUGUCAUAUAUGCGACACGCCUGACAAUAUUAUCAACAAGACAUCAAAACAUUUGUUAAUGUAAAUAUUUAUAUAGUAUGAGAACAUUUAUUUAUUAUUAGCGUUUUUGACUUAUUUUAUACAUGAUGGACGCGCAUGUCAUUUAAAUCCUGGCAAUUUUUUUAUAUUGAUUAGGUAAUUAUAUAUACAUAUUUAGUUAAAUUAUUUAUAUGUAUGUGUUAAUUAGGUUUGUAUGGGCCCUUUAAAUUUUUCAUGUUUAUUUUUUAAAUAUACAGUCAUAUGUAUAAAAAUAAGGCACUUGUUAAUGUCUACAUUCUAAUCAAUAUUUUACCUAAACAAGUUAUAAUUGUAAUACUUUUGGGCCCAAAAUAUAUAAUACUAUUUACUUAUAUAAAUUGUCCCCGCUGAUACUCAAACCUAUACUAAAUGUAUAAUUUAUAAAAAUAUCUUUUUUUUUAACAUUAAUUUAUUUGUAUCUUCAAAGUUUUCAUUGGGCAAAAUAUAACCGAAAAAUGGAAUAAUUGGAAAAGAUUUCCUUUUAAUCUAGUCAAAAACAAUAUAUAAAUAGGAUAUAUAUGUUUCACAAUGUUAAAUUAAAUAUUCAUUAUUUCUAUUUUUCCAUUAAUUCCUUAUAUAUAAUAACAUUAAUAUUUUGUCUAUAGAAAACUUGGGAGAAUAUUGUGAGUGAGGUUUUAGCAGCGAGUAAGUCAAAAAGAUCACUUAGGAGACAAACAUAUGAAAAUUUUAUAAUAAUUCAUAAUAAAAAGAAGUAUAUAGAGACAUCAUUAACAGUCCUAAAAUGACUUACGCCCUUUUAAAACCUCACUGAAAAUAGUUAGUUAAUAAAUGUUAGUCUAUAAAAUAUAGCAAUAAAUUAGAGCCUAACAAUGUUUUUAUGUAAAUUCUACUAUUGAUUCAUUUAAAGCGUAGUAAUACAUCGCUUAGGUAUUUUGGUGAUUUGUAGAUAAAAUAUGCGACAUACAAAUAUAAUCAAAUAAAACUACAUAUAUUUAAAUUUAAUUUCAGAUUACAACCUAAACUAAUUAAUUUCUACCAAUAAUCUUAAUUUAAUCUCAAAACCUAUUGUUUCAAUAUAUAGAAAUUAUACAAUAGUUAUAUUUUCCCACAUUUCCCAUAUAUUCCCACAAUUAUUCACACAGAAUUAUAAUGUCCGUUGUGUUUUUGUCAACUCAUAUUAGGUGCAUAUAUAAUUUGUCAUUUAAUUACAUAAAUAAAAUUUUUAUAUAUAUGACACAACAAUUAUAACAUAUAUUUUUGACAUUAGUAAUUGUAACAAGAAGUUUGUAUAUCAAGAGAUUAUUGGUUUAUAUCCAAAUAAGAUGUGUUUUGUUGGCAAGCAAAUUACUAUACUAAAUUGUCAUCAUUUAUAAAAUCCGUUAACAAUGGACAUAACAAUCAUCCCGUAACAAUUCACUGUUGAUUUUUCUGUCAUUCCAAUAAUAAUAAAUUUGUGAACCGAUUUUUUUUUUUUUGGAACAGAAUGUGUCAGUGUUAUUUAUUUUUACUAUAAAAAGGUUAUUUGGUGUUGAAUGUUCUUAUUUUGGUUGGUAAUAAAAUAUUUCGACUCGA